AUGUCCUCUACUCCAGAUGUGGAACCAACACCAACACCACAACCAUCAACAACAAAUAUCCCCAAACGUAAGAAAAGAUUAGCAAAUGAUGUUAUUGGACAAUUACAAGAUCAUUUAAAAGAUUAUCCAUUAGAUUUUGAAUCAUGGAUAAAUUUAAUUUCUAAAACCCAAUCAAAGGAUAAAAUUGAUGAAGUUAGAUCUGUGUAUGAUGAGUUUUUAGGUCGUUUCCCAUUUAGAUAUCAAGAAUGGAUUAAUUAUAUAUCAUUUGAAUUACAACGUGAUAAUUUUGAACAAGUGGAAAAUUUAUUUAGGAAAUGUUUAUUAAGAUUGCAGUCUAUACCUGUUUGGAAAUUAUAUAUCUCUUAUGUUUUCAGAAAAAAUAAUUUAAUUACAGGUGGUGAAGAUUCUAGAAGGAAUAUUUUCCAAGCUUUUGAUAUUGCAUUAGAUAAAAUUGGAUUUGAUCCUCAAGGUUUAUCAAUAUGGUUAGAUUAUUUAAAAUUUAUUAAUGAUUGGAAACCAAUAAAUUCAUGGGAUUCACAAACCAAGAUGGAUUUGAAACGUAAAAUUUAUCAAAAAUUAUUAAAAUUACCAAUCGAGGGGAUUGAAUUGAUUUGGAAUGAUUAUAAUAAAUUUGAAAAUGAAUUAAAUUCAACAACGGCAAGGAAAUUUAUAAGUGAAUCAAGUUCAGGUUAUAUGGAUUCAAGAUCUUUCUUAAAAGAGAUUAAUAAUUUAACCACAGGGCUCCAAAGAAAUAUUGAAAUUCCUACAAAAGCUGAUCCACAACAAGUUAAGAAAUGGAUAAAUUGGAUUAAUUGGGAAUUACAGAAUAAGAUGAAUUUAAGUGAUGAUGAUUUAUAUGUAAGAUUAGAAUAUAUCUUGAUGAAUUCUAUCCAAGCACAAAGUUUUAGUAUUGAAUUAUGGUGGAAAUUUUUAAAUUUUAUUCAGUUGAAAUAUGGUAUUAAUAAUGAUAAGAUUGAUGAUGUUAUCAAGAUGUCAUUGGGGGUUUUACCAGGUUGUAUAACUAUAAAUUUUAAGAUUUUGGAGAUUUAUGAAUUGAAAAAUGAAGUUUCUCUUGUUGGAAAUGGUUAUGAAAAAUUGGUUAAAUAUUAUACUAAUGAAUUUGAGAAAGUAGAACUUGAAAUUGAAGAAGUGAAAGGGGAAUUGAUAGGAGAUGAUGAAGAAGAAUCAAAACCUGAAGAAUUAAAACAAGAAUUAUUCAAAUCAAAUAAGGAAAUCAUCAUAAAACAAAAAGAAUUGACAAGAUUAAGUAAAAUUAUUACAUUAAUAAAUGUUGAAUGGUUUAAAUCUAUAAAAAGAUUACAAGGUAUGAAAGAAUCAAGAACCAUUUUCAGUAAAGCCAGGGCAACAAGAAAGACAUUAACACAUCAUAUUUUCCAUCAAGUUGCCCUUAUGGAAUCUAAGAUGACCUCGACUAAGACUAGUAUAAAAGUUUUUGAAUUAGGUCUUAAAUCAACAUAUUUUGGUAAUGAUGGUGAAUAUAUUUAUAAAUAUUUAAAAUAUUUAAUUGAUAUUAAUGAUGAUAAUAAUUUAAAAACUGUUUUUGAAACAACAAUAAAUUCAAAAGAAUUAGAUUCAAAUUGGAUUAAAUUAAUUUUUAAAAUUAUGAUUAAAUAUGAAUUAAAUUUUGGUAAUAUCCAGAAUGUUCAGAAAUUAAAGAGCAAAUUUAGUGAGAAAUUCCCCAAUGAAGAUGAUUUUACAAACUUUAUCAAAAUAUAUAAUGAUGAAUUACCAUAUAAUGAUGAUUUAAUUAAAUUAGUUGAUUUCCCAGAAGAACCAGAAGAGACUAAGAAAAGAUCAAUUGAAGAAGUUAUAGAAGAUGAGACUGAUAGUAACAAGAGACAACAAACACAAUCAACAGAACAACCACAACAACAACAACCAUCACAAACAAUAUCAGAUUCUAAACAAUUUGUUAGUGAUGAAGUUUAUAAUUUAUUAAGAGUAUUACCAAAUAGUGGUGUUUUCAAAGAAAGAUUGGUUGAUAAUGAAGCAUUGAUUAAGUUGUUGAGUGAGUAG